UUAAACUCCUCACUCUGUGACCUCCUCAAUGUAAUUUUCCAGGUGCGACGUAACACCAAAAACAUCUAUAAGUGGAAAUUUUAUGCAUGUACAGGAUGUGCAUGCGUCACUUUGAGAAACUGGAGCAUUUCUGUGAACGGUGAUUUUAGCUGCUGUGCUGCGAACGGCACCAGGAGGACAGACUCCACAGAUGCCGACUGGAAUACAUCUAAUUCAAAAUGGCAACAACGAUGUCAGGCAGGGCCUGCUGCACAUGUUUCUCUGAUCCAGUCACGUCGCUGUGGAGGAAGACGUGACACAGCAUCAUUCCUCUCAUACCGGCGCCAAGCUCCGCCCACCGAGGUCGAGUCGGCUCCUUUCCACCUGAGCGGCUCGCUUCCAAGAAAAGCGACACCCGGAGAACUUCACCCGCACCGGGUGCCGGUAAAUACGCCGAUCUGGUUGUUCCACUCUCGCAGGAAGAGGGACACGGUCACAGCUACACACAGCAUGCCCGAGCAUUCCUGAGAGGCCGACCAACAGGUCCUGAGAGACGUUCCUCUGAGGACCGAAUCAACGGGACUGAAGACAUGGCAACCAGGACGUAUGCUUCCGAACUCAGGAUUGUGAUUUUUGGAAAGAGUCCAGCAGCAAAAACAACCCUGAGUGACUGGAUGACUGGAAGAAAGCUGCUUUCUGGUCAAAAAGUCUCCAAGACGUCAACUGCAGAAGGACAAUGGAAAAGAAUCCCUGUGACGGUGGUAAACACCCCAGACAUCUUCGUUUUAUCUGAACUCAGACUGAGACUUGAGGUCAGGAUGUUUGUGGCACACUGCCCCCCCGGACCCAACGUCCUGCUGCUGCUAGUCAAUCCUUCAGACUUCACAGAGAACGACCGACGGAGACUGAAGUUCAUCGUGAGCUUGUUUGGUCUAGACGCCUUCAAAUAUUCGAUGGUGGUCACUACGCAGGAUGACAUGGGGAAGAAUUCGGCCGUGCUUGGACUGGUACAAGACUGCAGACAGAGGCUGCACAGGCUUGACUUCAGCAAUGCUCUGGACGGACGUGUUGACACACUGAUGGAGAAAAUGAGUAAAAUGGUGAGUGACAACAGAGGGGGUCAUCUGAACUACACCGUUGGGUCUGAAGCCGAGGAGGAAUGUGUGAGUCCACCGCCGGCCCUCAACCUGGUUCUAUGCGGCAGAUUUGAAGUGGGAAAGACUUCUGCAGCUAACGUCAUUUUGAGUACCAAACAUUCUGCUCAUGGCUCAUCAGAGUUGGUUAAAAACGAGGCAGUGGUGUGCGGACGGCAGGUCUCACUGGUGCAGCUGCCCAGCUUCUGUGGAAAGACUUCAGAGGAAGUGAUGCAGCUUGCAUUCAAAUGUGUCUCUCUCUUCGAUCCCGAGGGUGUCCACGCUUUCAUCCUGGUCUUACCGUUGGAUCCUCCUACUAAUGAGGACCAGGAAGAGCUGCUUAUCAUCAAAAACAUCCUAAGUUCUCGAGUGGAUGACUUCAUCAUGGUCCUUUUUACAGUGGAGUCAGAUUCAACUCACAGCGAUGUCGUUCACUUUGUCAAAAGCAACCGGCAGAUCCGGGAGUUUUGUCAGAGCUUCAAAGACCGGCAUCUCAUUUUCAACAUCAACGACAAGGAACAGAUCCCCCAAUUAUUAGGCGCUGUAGAAAAGAUGAAAGUUGUAACAGGAAAAGGAUUCACCAAGGACUUGAUGGCAAAGCCUCGUUCACAAAAGGUGAUUGAAGCCGAGCCAAAAACCAAAACCAGCCAGGAUCAUCUGAGAAUGGUAAUGAUUGGCAAAACGGGCAGUGGCAAAAGUGCCACGGGCAACACUAUCUUGGGGAAAGAGUGUUUUGACUCCAAAAACUGCAUUGAAUCAGUGACAAAGGUUUGCAAGAAAGUAGAUGGAAACGUGGAUGGGAGAGCAGUCACUGUGGUGGACACCCCCGGACUGUUCGACACGACUCUGUCCAACGACGAAGUGAAGCAGGAGCUCUUAAAGUGCAUCAGUCUGCUGGCUCCAGGGCCUCACGUCUUCCUCCUCGUCCUGCAGAUCGGCCGCUUCACCGACGAACAGAAGACGACCGUCCACCUCAUCAAGGAGUUCUUCGGUGACCAGGCCCAGGAUUUCAUCAUUUUCGUCUUCACCAGAGGAGACGACCUCGGCGAGCAAACAUUGGAAAGUUACAUCAGCUCUGAUAGGGAAGGCAACCUCCAGAAACUGAUAAGUGAGUGCGGAGGAAGAUACCAACUCCUCAAUAAUAAAGACGGAGAGAAUCGCUCACAAGUCAGCCAGUUGUUGCAAAAGAUAGAGUCAAUGGUGAGACGGAACAAGGGUGGUUACUACACCUCCGAGAUGUUCCAGGAGGCAGAAGAGGCCAUCCAAAAGGAGAUGCAGAGGAUAAUGAGGGAGAAAGAAGAGGAGAUGCAGCAGAAAAAGAGGAGCCUUGAGAGACAGUACGAGAACAAACUGCAGGCGAAACAGCUGGAAAUCGAACAAGAGAGAGCAGAAAGAGAGAGAGCACUGAGGGAAAAGGAGGAAUGCAUCUACAGGGAGGAGGAGAGGCGGAAGAUGGUGGAAGAAAAGUUAGCACAAGCACAAAUGGAGAGAAAACAUCUUGAUGAAGUUAAGCAACAGAAAGAGACGGACUUUGAAAUAAAGCUGGCAGGAAGGAAGAUGACGCCAAAGGGGGAUCUACGAAAGGUGCGAGAGCACUGGGAGGACGAACGCAAGGAAUUUUGGGACAAACAAGUCCAAGAGAACAAGAAACAAGAGGAGGAGCUGCAACUGAAAAGGCUCCGAGAGGAGUACGAGACGCUUAGAAUCCAGAAUGAAAAGAAAAGAAGAGAGGAAGACCGAAUCAGAAAGGAACAAGAGGAGGAGCUUCGACAAAACUUCCAAAAAACGCUGGAGUUACUCAAGAGGCAGAACGAAGAGAAGGCCAGAGAGCAAGCUGAGGAGCUGAACGAGUUCAAACAGAGAUACUCGGUGGACGUAACGGUUCUACUGCAGAAGCAAAUGAAGGAGGUGGAGGACAUGAAGCAGCAGCAGCUCAGGAACAAGGAGCUCCUCAUCAGCCACCUGAGCACCAACAAGGCCUUAAGGAAGGAAUACAACAAGAUCAAACAACGACAUGAACAAGACAUGGCCUCGCUGAUGAAGUACCUGCCGUCACAGCAGCAGAUCCAGGAGAUGAAGAAGAUGCACGAGCGGGAGAUCGAUGAGUGGAUAAACAACCACAUGCAGAGCAGCGACGGGGCCAAGAGCUGUACUGUCUUAUGAAGUUUGCCAACAAGUGACACCAAGUUUCUGAAAAACAGGUCCUAGCAUCGGACGGUGUCAGAAAACACCCAAAGACACUUACCAGAAUGUGAAGGAAACUUUAACAACUGCACGCUGACUUUACUUUGAAUGAAUUUCUGUCUUUAGCAUCACUGUCAUAAUAAUGCAUUGGUUUAUAUAGCGCUUUUCAGGACACUCAAAGAUGCAGCUGCUACUGUAGCCACAGCUGCCCUGGGGUAGACUGAGGGAAGCAAGGCUGCCAAUCUGUGCCAUCAGCCCCUCCGACCUGCUCUACCAACUGAGCUACUGUCGCCUCGUCAUGGUUUAAUGGCAAGAGAUUGGAGAGCGGCUCUGUGGAAACCCUGGGGGGGGGGGGGGGGGGGGGUUAGGUAUUGGUUUGACUGAAAGCUUCAUUAUUAUUUUGAACAAAAAUUUAAAAAUCAAUAGAAAUUUACAAACAUAUAACACAAAUCUGAUGGAAUCUGACAUAUUUUAAGAUUUGUCACAGAAAUUUCUCAAAAUGUGACACAUUUUUUACUGAAUUUGUAACUACACUGCUGGCUUUCACAAGCUCAAGUUAAAUAUGUAAACCAGACUAUAUUAAGGAAUAACCUUUUAAAACUGUCAAUAACAUAAUAUCAAUGGUCGAAAUCACCAUAUGUAAUCCCUCGAUAAGGUUUUUGAUGAAGUUUAUGUAAUAUUUUAACCUAUAAAUAAUAGCUGAGUAGCUACGGAAAGAAAAAAAGGUGAACUGUAUAUGUACAUGUUUGUUUGGGAUUUUUUUUCCUUAUUUGUAUGCAAAUAAACAUGUAAAUAACAUGAUGUGUUUUCUAA